CUGCCAGGUGGGCUCUGGAAGCCUUCGGGGCGCUGGACACCGCCAGGCAACAGCCUCCUCCAGUUUGUGAGCCUGCAGGGAGAGGGAAGCUGGUGGGGCUGGACCGGGGACCCCUGUGCAGGACUCUGCAGGGCCAGUGCUUCUGGAGGGAGGGAAGGGGGCACAGGUCCCAGCCAGGCAGGGCCACGAGGGUACACCUGGAGAUGGAGAAAGCCUCCUAAUUUGGCGUGACUGAUGCACAGGGUCAUGUGGGGCCUGGGAUCCCUGAUGUUAGGCCCCGUGCUUGCUCGGGGACCCCAGAUGCCCUCGCCGUGCAUUCUGGAAAAACCGUGGAGGGCUAGGAGGUGCCUUCACGGGAGAGCCGGGAGACAGCACAGCUGGGUGCACCUCGUCCCCGGAGCUGGCGGGUCAGGGAGUUCCCGCGUUUGCUGAGGUCUCCUGGGCUCAGUCCCACCAGGGCCUGGAGCUGGAGGCCAGGGGCGGUGGGAACGAGGCUGGGAGGCUGGUUUUCAGACGAAAGGGAGAGGUCAGAGAGGGAAGAUGGAAAGGGAGAGAGAGCGAGGCCCAGACGGCCUCUUGUUUUGCAAAACUCAAAAUAGAUUUCAGCGCCGUGCUUUUUAAAGACGAGUCUCUGCUCUCCACUGCGAUCCUGGCUUGACCUCUCCUGGUUUCUGGCAACGGGAGCCUGUGACGAUUUGGCACCGAGCGAUUUAAAAUGCACAACAGCGGUGCACGGACCUUGCCAAAAGCUGGUCCGUGCUGGUUUCUUGAACUUUGCUUUUCUUGUUUGCUACAUCAGAUAUCAUCUUACCCAGACGAGCCCUCGCGAGAUAGAGCCCCACCCCUCAACAUCGGGGUGCAGCCCGCUGCCCGUCGUGACACUCCCCCGACUCCGUGCCUGCGGAGGACCAACGCUGGUUAUGCCCGGUGUUCCCGGGCACUCGGGAAGUCUUUAUCGAGCUCAAAUGAUUAGACCUGGUUUCUGGUUUCAUUUUGGAAGACUUGCUGCUAAACAGAUCCUUCCUGCCCUGUAAGACGAGGCUGACGCUCUGGGCUGCCGCGCUCCCGCUGCCCCUGAGACCCUGCCCCUUUUCUGCAGGGCAGGGGACGGUAGGGCCCAGCUUGGGGCCCACGGGGCCGAGGCCUGGUGCCUCUGUGAGUGGAAGCAGGACACGCUUGGCGCAGGGCAGCAGCGGGGAAGGAGGCCUGCCGGCUGCUCACCCAGGAGCCCAGCUGCCUGGGGCGGUGGCGGGGAGGGGCCCUGGGCUGAGCUUUGCACAGCCUCCCUGGAAGGCUCCCGGCAUCCAGCCUAAAUUGCUAAUUCCUGAGAAAAGGGUCAACGCGUUUCCACUGCAGACCAUGCUUGAAUGGAAACCCCUGUCUCCCGGCUCAGCCGCUGCUUGUUGCCGCGGACAAGGAGCCCUUCCCCGGUCUCUAAAACGGAGAGGCGGCUCCGGCUCUGUGUUCCGUCCGUGUUCGUCGUCCUGGUGGGUGCAACAUCUUCAGAGAGAGGGAAGCCAGCUGCGGCAGGGGCGACAGGCAGUGAUAUGAAUCUCGUGACUGCACCUGCCCUUGUCUCGGAGAUCUCGGGGGGCUCCAACCCACCUGGACUCCUCUUUAAUCCCAGGUGACGGCGACAUUGUAAAUAACAUGCAUGAGCCCGACCCGGACCUGCUGGCCGGCGAGAGCGCGGAGUACGAGACGGAGGACAGCGUGGUGUCCCCCAUCCCCAUGGGGCCGCCGUCGCCCUUCCCCACCAGCGAGGACUUCACCCCCAAGGAGGGCUCACCGUACGAAGCCCCCGUCUACAUUCCCGAGGACAUCCCCAUCCCGCCGGACGUUGAGCUCCGCGAGUCCUCCAUCCCAGGGGCCGGCCUGGGGAUCUGGGCCAAGAAGAGGAUGGAGAUCGGGGCGAGGUUUGGCCCCUACAUGGGGGCACCCCGGGCCACCUGGAAGGAGGCGGACUUUGGAUGGGAGCACAUGCUGGCGGAUGCGGAGGUGUCGUCCCAGGAGGGCUGCAUCCAAAAGAUCUCCGAAGACCUGAGCACGGAGAAGCUGUGCACGGACGCGGGGCAGGCGGGCUCCGGCAGCUGGCUCAAGUACAUCCGGGUGGCGUGUUCCUGCGACGACCAGAAUCUCACCAUGUGCCAGAUCAACGAGCAGAUUUAUUAUAAAGUCAUCAAGGACAUUGAGCCUGGGGAGGAGCUGCUCGUGCACGUGAAGGAAGGCGCGUACUCCCUGGGGACGGUGCCCUCUAGUCUGGAUGCGGAGGAGCCCCCUUUCCGCUGUGGCGCCUGUGACGAGCUCCUCCAGUCCAAGACAGACCUGCGGCGCCACAAGAAGUACGCGUGCGGUUCGGUGGGGGCCCCACUCUACGAGGGCCUGGCCGACGAGCUCAAGCCGGAGGGGCUCAGCGGCGGGGCGGACGGGCAGGCCCACGAGUGCAAGGACUGCGAGCGGAUGUUCCCCAACAAGUACAGCCUGGAGCAGCACAUGGUUGUGCACACAGAGGAGCGGGAGUACAAGUGUGACCAGUGCCCCAAGGCCUUCAACUGGAAGUCCAACCUCAUCCGCCACCAGAUGUCCCAUGACAGCGGCAAGCGCUUCGAAUGUGAGAACUGCGUGAAGGUGUUUACCGACCCCAGCAACCUGCAGCGCCACAUCCGCUCCCAGCACGUGGGAGCCCGCGCUCACGCCUGCCCUGACUGCGGGAAGACGUUCGCCACCUCUUCGGGCCUCAAGCAGCACAAACACAUCCACAGCACGGUCAAACCUUUCAUAUAUGCUUUAGGUGAGGUCUGCCACAAAUCCUACACCCAGUUCUCCAACCUGUGCCGGCACAAGCGGAUGCACGCCGACUGCCGCACGCAGAUCAGGUGCAAAGACUGCGGACAGAUGUUCAGCACCACCUCCUCCCUCAACAAACACCGGCGCUUCUGUGAGGGCAAGAACCACUACACGCCGGGCGGCGUCUUUGCCCCGGGCCUGCCCUUGAACCCCAGCCCCAUGAUGGACAAGGCGAAGCCCCCUCCCGGCCUCAACCACGCCGGCCUGGGCUUCAGCGAGUACUUCCCGUCCAGGCCGCACCCGGGCAGCCUGCCCUUCUCGGCGGCGCCCCCCGCCUUCCCCGCCCUCGCUCCGGGCUUCCCGGGCAUCUUCCCCCCGUCCCUGUAUCCCCGGCCACCGUUGCUACCUCCCACGCCACUGCUCAAGAGCCCCCUGAACCACACCCAGGACGCCAAGCUCCCCAGCCCCCUGGGGAACCCGGCGCUGCCCCUCGUCUCCGCCGUCGGCAACAGCGGCCAGGGCGCCACGGCCGCCACGGGACCCGAGGACAAGCUCGAGCAUCGCCUAGAGGACUCCUAUGCUGAGAAGCUCAAGGCAAGAGGCAGCGACGUGUCAGACGGCAGUGACUUUGAGGACGUCAACACCACGACAGGGACCGACCUGGACACAACCACGGGCACGGGCUCGGACCUGGACAGCGACGUGGACAGCGACCGGGAUAAGGCCAAGGAUAAGAGCGAGGCAGCGGAGGGCAAGCCCGAGUGCGGGGGCGGCGCGGCGCCCCCGGGGGCCCCGAACAGCGCGGGCGAGGUGCCCGUCUUCUACUCCCAGCACGCCUUCUUCCCGCCGCCCGACGAGCAGCUGCUGGCGGCCCCCGGCGCCGCGGGCGACUCCAUCAAGGCCAUCGCCUCCAUCGCGGAGAAGUACUUCGGCCCCGGCUUCGUGGGCAUGCAGGAGAAGAAGCUGGGCUCGCUGCCCUACCACUCCGUCUUCCCCUUCCAGUUCCUGCCCAACUUCCCCCCGGCCCUCUGCCCCUUCACGGACCGCUCCCUUGCCCACAACUUGCUGGUCAAGGCCGAGCCGAGGUCACCCCGGGACGCCCUCAAGGUGGGCGGCCCCAGUGCCGAGUCCCCCUUCGACCUCACCACCAAACCCAAAGAAGCCAAGCCCAUGCUGCCCGUGCCCAAGGUGCCCCCGGCCCCGGCGUCCGGGGAGGAGGAGCCACUGGACCUGAGCAUCGGUGGCCGCGCCCGAGCCGGCCAGAACGGAGGGGGACGAGAGCCGCGCAAGAACCACAUCUACGGGGAGCGCAAGCUGGGGGCCGGGGCCGGACUUCCCAGGGCGUGCCCGGCGCAGCUGCCGCAGCAGCCAUCCCUGCACUACGCCAAGCCAUCGCCUUUCUUCAUGGACCCGAUCUACAGCAGGGUGGAGAAGCGGAAGGUGGCGGACCCCGUGGGAGUCCUGAAGGAGAAGUACCUGCGGCCGUCUCCGCUUCUCUUCCACCCCCAGAUGUCCGCCAUCGAGACCAUGACAGACAAGCUGGAGAGCUUCGCGGCCAUGAAGGCAGACUCGGGCAGCUCCCUGCAGCCCCUCCCCCACCACCCCUUCAACUUCCGGUCCCCGCCCCCCACGCUCUCGGACCCCAUCCUCCGGAAGGGCAAGGAGCGCUACACCUGCAGGUACUGUGGCAAGAUCUUCCCCCGAUCAGCAAACCUCACGAGACACCUGAGGACACACACCGGGGAGCAGCCAUACAGGUGUAAGUACUGUGACCGCUCCUUCAGCAUCUCCUCCAACCUCCAGCGGCACGUGCGCAACAUUCACAACAAGGAGAAGCCCUUCCGGUGCCACCUGUGCAACCGCUGCUUCGGGCAGCAGACCAACCUCGACCGGCACCUCAAGAAGCACGAGCACGAGCACGCCCCAGUGAGCCAGCACUCCGGGGUCCUCACGAACCACCUAGGGACCAGUGCCUCCUCCCCCACCUCCGAGUCCGACAACCACGCACUUUUAGACGAGAAAGAAGACUCCUAUUUCUCUGAAAUCAGAAACUUUAUUGCCAACAGUGAGAUGAACCAAGCAUCAACACGAACCGACAAACGGCCGGAGGCCCAGGACCUGGACGGCGGCUCCCAGUGCCCAGGCCUGGCCAGCGGGAAGCCGGAGGACGUGGAGGAGGAGGAGGAGGAAGAGGAGGAGGAGGACGAUGACAGUCUGGCGGGGAAGUCGCAGGGUGACCCCGUGUCCCCCACGCCGGAGCCCCAGGGCGCCUACGAGGACGAGGAGGACGAGGAGCCGCCCACCUCCCUGGCCGUGGGCUUCGAGCACACACGAAGGUGUGCCCAGGAGCGGCCAGGCGGUCUGUUGGCUUUGGAGCCGAUGCCGACUUUUGGGAAGGGGCUGGACCUCCGCAGAGCAGCUGAGGAAGCAUUUGAAGUUAAAGAUGUGCUUAAUGCCACACUAGGUUCUGAGGCCCUAAAGCAGACACUGUACAGGCAGGCUAAGAACCAGGCGUAUGCAAUGAUGCUGUCCCUUUCCGAGGACGCUCCUCUCCACGCCUCCUCCCAGAGCCCUCUGGAUGCUUGGUUGAACAUCACAGGAGCCACGCCGGAGUCUGGAGCCUUUAACCCCAUCAACCACCUCUGACGGGCCCAGGAGGGCCCGGGGUCAGAGUCCAGGAAGGGCCUCCUCAGGGCCCCAUCGUCCCUACAGACAUCCCAGCUGCGGACAAUGGAGAAGGGAGCCUCGGGGAGCAGCGUGGCCUGGGCCAGAGAGAACCCCUCCCCGUCACCUGCGUCGACCAGUCCUCAGUGUCCGUCCCCCCUACACACACCACGGCUCAGCUCGAACUUUUCCAAUGACAACUCAGAACCCAGGAGUCCCUGAGCCGUCCUGGAGGCCCACCGUCCAAGAAUUGGUCUUAAGAACAGCGUUCCGGAAGGGUACAGCGCAAGGCCAGCCCGGCAGCGGCCUCGCAGGACCGACCCCGUGGGUGAGGGCAGGGUUUGAACCCCAGACUGAACGAAGACAGCGGCCCCGAGGGCACCCGCGCGGUGUCUCAGGAAGGACCAGACAGACGCGGAUGUGCUCUUCAAAGGGAGAUCGCCCAGACGAUUUUUUUAUAAUGAGAAUUACAGGAGUAACCCUUUUGGUAAUCUUAUUGACGACAGAGUCUAUUUAAGCAUGUGGUUUUAAAAAUAGACAGUAUUUUUAAAAAAAAAAAAAAAAAAAGAUCGAAAGAUGACUUGCAAAUUGUUUUUUAAAAGUAAUUUUGCAUUGCUUUGAAAUCUCUGCUUCUUUGCAAACCUGAACCUGCCCAGAAACUGUACUGUGUCCGGGCGUGUUCUUUAUACUGUAGGUAACGGAGACGGUUUCUAUCCCUGACCAUAUUUGUAAAGCCAACGGGAUCCUGGGUGUCCCCACACAGAACGGUGGGGCCUGGGGUCCCCGCCUGUGAGCAGUUUCAAACUGUCCGGUGGAAUUCUUAGACACGGUGUCCUGGGCUGGCCCAAGGCUGUGAGAGAGGCCUGUCGCCCGUGUCCCACGUGUGCGGCAUGGGAUUCAUGCUUGUGGCCCCCGCCAAGACCCCCCAAUUUUAUGGGGGAGAUGUGAGAACGCUGACUCGGGUCCCCCGAGCAGAGAUGGCCCGGGCUCCCGAUGCUUCUCCCAGCAGGGUCCGCACAUCAGCCACACCCCUGCGGCCCACCACGGCCGCUCUGGGUCUCCAGCCCCCACCACCCACCCCCGUCAGACGGACAAGGGGAAGGAAGCAGGCGUCCCCCUCCAACCCGUGGCCUCCGUGGCGUGUGCACUGCGGCUCCCCUGCCCCAGGCUGCCAGGCUGUCUGCCUGUGUGAGACCCCGGCUCAGGGACACGAGGGCCACCUCCACUCCUUGGCGGGCCAGACCAGCUCCAGACCGCAGGGCCCGGCCGGACGGCACCUGCUUGGGCCGGGUCUGACUCUCCGUGCAGAUGGGCUUUAAAUUAUUCCCAUAGGGGCCAAUUUCAAAUCAUAAUUUUUUUUCCCUGAUGGAAUUUACCUUAAUCUGUAUAUAACUUGUAAUUUUUUCUAAUUCAUUUCUUUUCUUAUUUUAUUUCUUCCUUAACAGUAUUUUGGCAUUAGACAUUCUUAUUGUGAAGAAAUGAUGUUAAUAUAAGUAUCUAGUGAGGGACCAAAACCGUGUAUAAGGUCGUGUGUCGUGUGAUCGAGAACCAGGGAGUGGGGAGGUUUUUACUGUGCCAAAUACCCCCGCGCCCCCAACGGAUCCUGCUGCCCGUUUCCAGACAAUCACGUGUUUUUGUUGAAUUAGAGUUUCAGUUACGUUCACAUUUAAGACAAGUGUUCUAUUUAUUUCUUUUAUUGUUUGGAAGGAAAAACAAGGAGUGUCCCAACAGGAGGAGAAAAAGGUCGUCCAAGUUGCCCUUAAAAAAGAAUGUAGAUGCAGGCGGUAGGGGUGCGGGGCGUGGGGCAGCGGGGCACGGGGCGCGGGGGGCCGGGCUGGGUCGGCGCGCGAGCCCUGGGCGCUGGCCCCGGGGCGGCCGCCGGGUCGGAGCCGCUGUGUGCCCAGCCCGGCCGCCCAAGGCCUGCCACAGUCGUGUGCUUCCGCGUGGGGGGGCCUGCGGCGGGGGUCCCCGAGGCCGCCGCACGGCCGCAGGCCCCUGGGGAAGGGGUCCACCUGCUCCCGGCCCAUGGGAGGCGGCGAGACCGCGCCCGCAGGCCGGCGGGGUGCCCUGCGCGAGGAAGGGCGGACGAGCCCCGGGGCCGCAGCUCCGAAAACACACCCGCCCCCCCCCCACAUGCAUCACCUCUGCCUGGCUCGCCAGGCGCGGUGUGGGAGUUCCACGACCCCUCCCUCCAGGUGGGACCCCUUUGCAGAGUCAACCUCAGAUACCAAUGCCCAUUUCUGUAAACCCAAAUUAUAUUUCUUCUGCUAAAGAAUAAGGCGUGUGCUUUUUUUUGCGAUUUGACGGUCUCUGCCUGAAAUAGGAACUCUGGUCGGGUGGAGACCCGAGUGUCUGUUCUCCGCGGUCCCAGAUCCGAGAUGUGGCCGUGGCCACCCGCUCUGGUCUGCUCCGCAGGCUCUGGCCAUCCGUCACAUGUGGCCAGCCGUGGCCGCAUCUUCUCUGUCCCUGCUUCCCAGAGCCCCACCUGCUCGUCUCCAGCCCUUAAUCCUGUCCUCCCGGAAGCGAUGGGAGUCAGCCCCGUUUCUCCUAAACGUUCAGCCCCUCGGGCCCCAGCACUCGGCAGAUUUGGGGAGGUCUGUCCUUGGACCCCUGACAAAGGGAGCACUUCGUCCCCACCCUGGUGCCUCUCCUGCCCCCGACGACAGUGAGCUGCCCUCCCUACUCUUCUCUGUCCCAGGGCUUCUGCACCAGCCUGGAUCGUGGGGGCCAGGGGGCUGGGCGGCCAGAAUUCUGAGAAUUCUGGAGCUCGGCUGCAGCAGGGCGACAGCCUGGCUGACCCCUGUGUGCGUGGGUGGUGGCCAGGGUCAGACCUAUCAACCGGGGGCCCCCCUGGGCCAGGGUCCUUCCAUCCGGCAUCCACGGUGUUCCUCCUUUGGACCUUUGACCUCCCCAAAUGGAAACUCAAAUGGAAGGCUCCCAGCUCUCCCCUCCCCUGCCCCUCAGAGCCCGACCCCCAACGGACUGACACCAUCCCCCCUGCUGCUCUCAUUCCUGGGACAACUGGGUAGGACGCACGGAGCUGCCGACCCUCUGGCCAGCCAGACCCUCCGUGAGUGGGACCCAGAGAUCCCCUGUUUGGAACCGAGGGGUGCGUGUUCCUCCAGCUGGCCUGGGACCCUGCAUGUGGAUCAGUGGACAGGCUGAGCCCACGUGACCUUCCUGUUGAAGCCCAGCACCUCCGUGGCCCAAGACUGACCCCAGAAACUCGCAGGCCCUCGGCCUCCCCUGUCCUAGCUGCUGCUUCACUGAGCGCCCGCCCGAACCCACGUCACCGUCGGGAGCCUUGCAGCCUCAAAGCACUGGAUUGUGGCCCCCAGGCCCCCUUCCCAGAUCCCCUGCCCCUCAGCCCCGUCCCCCUGCCCACGUGACUGAGAUCUACUGAGCUGUAUUCACUGUGUUGUCCUCGGGGAGGGGCGAGGGCGCGGCACCACCCAGGAGAGCCGGGCACCUUGCGUCCCCCCCCGGCUGGGUUCGCGAGGCCGCGGCCGCUCCCGGUCGGUGCAGGUCAGCCGGGUUUCAGAAGCCAUGAACCUUCCCCGCAGCAGCGAGCGAUACUGUGACAAGACAUUCCCGCGUGACUGCAGGAGCGCCCUCUCCUGCUCGCGUUCCGGGCCGUUCCGUUCUUCCUUCCCGCCGAUUCGGACGGAACGCCGCUUUUGGAAAAAACUAAAUAAAAACAAAAGGCAGCUUGAGUUUUUCCAAAUGUGCAAUUCACUUGUGAGCAACGUGAUUCCGGAGGUUUCUAUCGGUGUGUCUUAUAUCGUGGACGCUCCCGCCGCGAGGGAGGCUGAGCCCCGUGGCGCCGCGCGUCACGCCAGGUGUCCCCCUGCCGGCGAGAGCCCGCGCCUGUGCGGCCGCGUCGCCCUCUUGCCAAUGUUGCAGGACAGACUUGGUUCAGUUUGUUUUCAUUGUUUGGGUUUGUUUUGGUUUUGUUUUUGUUUUUGUUUUAGAACUGUAUAGUGUUGAAAAAGAAAUCAAAUGUAAAUGUCAGGUUUUCAUAUAAUGUUUAAAAAAAAAAAACCAUUGAGAAGGAGGCCGGUGUAUGUCCCACGUCCCCCGAUUGUAAAUUGCUUCUGUUCUAAGUAAACUGUGCAUGACUCGUGUUUAGCGGUCA